UUGGUUACGUUAGCUAGCCGGAGCUAGGCUAAUGCCACGGUUCUUGCUGAAGGAGAUACCGCCUGAACGGACAGAAGGAGUUUUGAGAGUCGUCUCGGGAGAGAGUCGUUGACGGAGGACGAUUCGCUACUACUGAGGGAACCGGAGAUUCGUUGCUCGCUGCUGCGAGCGGAGACGGUUGCUACCGCAACGAGCGAGUGAUUCAUCGGAUGCGGCCAAGACUUCACGGAUACACAGAGAGCUAUCGUAAGCUGCGCAUGUUCUCUGGUGUGAAACCUACGCCCAAUGGGGAGGAAGAGUAUGAUGCCUGGGCAGAGCAGACAACACAUCUGCUAGAAGAGUGGCAGUGCGGUGACAAUAUAAAAAAACAGCGGAUAGUGGAAAGUCUGAAAGGUCCAGCUGCUGACAUUGUAAGAUUCCUAAGAGUGCAGAAGCCCACUGCAACUUCAUAUGACUACAUGCAAGUUUUGGAGACAGCUUUUGGAACAACUGAGAGUGCAUCUGAUCUUCUGGUGAAAUUUAGACAUACUUACCAAAAUGUUGGCGAAAAACUGUCUACUUACCUGUUGAGGCUGGAUAAACUGCUGCACUGUAUUUUCAGAAAAGGAGGUGUGGCACUGUCUGACAUGAAUCGAUUACGGAUGGGGCAGGUUGUGAGAGGAGCACUGCAACAAGACAUGAUUGCACUUCGUCUUCGUAUAACUCACAAGCUGCGAGAACCUCCUUCUUUCAGUGAGUUGCUAAAAGAAGUAAGGGAGGAAGAGGAUAUGCUCCAAAGCAGAAACGAUAUGAAGAACCCAGUAAUGUCGCAGUCUGUAACUCCCGUUUCCAAGUCGGCACCUGAACAAGAAGUCGAUCCUGAAGUAGCAAAGCUGAAAAAAGAGAUAAGUGUCAUGAAAGCUGAGAUGCUUAGUCUUAAAGCUGCUACAGUUGCAUCACAUCCAGACACCCAGAUUCCACAACUAGAAAUCCCUGCCAAGACACCUUACAAAAAAAAUGCUACCCCACAAAGGUCUGGCUAUCAAGAGGAUAAACCUGGAAUAUUUUGCUAUAGAUGUGGGGAGGAUGGACAUUUUAAGAGAGAAUGUGGAGGUGAAGAAAACCUACUCAAAGUCAAUAAGCGCCUCAUUAAACUGACAAAGAAAUCGGGAAACUACCACGGGAUCCAGUAGAGGAACGGCCUGGCAUCCCGGUGGUUGUAAAACGUUCCACCAAGUGCAGCAACUUAGAUGGAAAAGUGAACGACACUGUACCUGCAGGCUUAGUGGGCCCUAGCUCUGUAGUGUCAGUACAGAUUGAAGGCAUCUACUCUAAAGCCAUACUCGAUUCUGGUUCUCAAGUAACUCUGCUGUACAGAUCCUUCUACGACAGAUAUUUGACACACCUGCCAUUGACGUCUAUCGACACUUUGGCGAUAUGGGGUCUUAGUUCUGCCGAGUACCCUUAUGAUGGCUAUUUGUCACUUAGGCUGGAGUUUUUGGAAGCAGACGUAGGCGUGAGUGAGACCAUUGAUGCACUUGUGUUGGUAUGUCCCGACCCAGUUGUGAGAGGUGAAGCUUCUCUGCUUGUUGGCACAAACACACCCACUGUGAGGCGAUUGCUUAGCCACUGCAGGGAAAAGGGAGGAGAAAACUUUGUGAGAUCCAUGCACAUUCACCCAGUCUUCAGAAAAGUUUUCAGUGAGAUCUCAGUUCUACCACCUGAUACUGACAAUAACCGGGGAGGAACUGUGUGGUUUACUCAAACCAAACCUGUCACCAUACGGCCUGGGGGAGUUGCCAAAGUGACUGGGGCACCAAAGUUUCAGGGAGUGCUGAGCACUCAGACAAUCCUUGUAGACUCACCUGAUGACCCCGCGGAUGAGUCACGGUUUCCCGAUGGACUCCUGGUGAGACCAGAGUUGCAGACCUCCACUGGUGUGACGGCUAAAAGAAUCACUGUUCUAGUCAGAAACAUGUCAGCACGGGAAAUUACCUUGACCAGAGGGACGCCAAUAGCUCAUCUGUUUCCAGUCGACGUUGUGUCAUCUCUACCUGGAAAGGAAGAGUCUGAAGUUGAGUCACCUGGGAAGUUGAGCUCCUCUUCUUUCAACUUUGGAGACUCACCAGUUCCUAAGGAGUGGAAAGAAAGAUUGGUGACAAAAAUGAUGGAACGGAGUGAGGUUUUCUCUCUGCAUGAGUUUGAUGUAGGAUGCAGUAAGAGCACCCAGCACACUAUCAAAACCACAGAGGACAAACCAUUUCGUGAGAGGUCUCGUCGGCUGCCGCCUGCAGACGUGGAGGCAUUGAGACAGCAUCUAUCGCAGCUAAAAAACGCUGGUGUUGUUACAGAGUCACGCAGUCCUUAUGCCUCACCCAUUGUGGUCGUGAGGAAGAAGAAUGGGAAAAUAAGGAUGUGUGUGGAUUUCCGGACUCUAAACCACCGCACUGUCCCAGACCAAUACACGGUGCCAAGAAUUGAAGAUGCUUUGGCCUGUCUCAGUGGAAGCAAGUGGUUUAGUGUGCUUGAUCUUCGGAGUG